AGACGCUUUCCAUUCAUCGAAGCACCUCAUGCCGCUGCUCAUCCACGCAGUCCAGACCUCAAAGAAGCGGUCCGCCGAUGCGCUUGUGAAACCACUCCCCCAAUCCGCAAAAGAGCUGGCGGCGCAGGCCCUCUCCAACCUGUGGCAACGGCUUUUCCGGAGCUACCAGCACUUCUCCCAACCAGGCUGCGACUCCUUCGUGAUCGAUGCGGCGGUGGGUGCCGCCCCGAUCACCAGUGGCGCAAAGGGCACAGGGAGGCAACGUGGCAUGCAGUGGGCGCCGGGCUUCUCCACGGCGUCCACGUGCGACGCUCUCAUUCAGCACCUCUUCCGAUGCAACGAGCACUUUGACGCACUGUCGUGGGUAAUUGCGUUUUGCCUCAUCGACCGGCUGCAGCUCCACCACUACGUCCGCCAGCGUCUGCAGAACAUUUCGUUUUGGAAGCCGCUCCACUCGUCGCCAGCGUCAUUUCAGUUAGUGAAGGAGGACGCUCCUCAGCUGCUCUUCACAGCUUACACGCUGGCCUUCAAGUGGCAUCUCGACUACACGGUUUCCAUUAAGUAUCUCACCAACCUUCUCCCGCAGCAGCGCCACGCCCGCACGGCGAUCUUGCGCGCCACCGUCGAGGAUGAGCUGGUGGUCCUGCAGGCGCUCGACUACAACUGCGCCGUGUCGGAUCACCACGUUGCGCAGCUGAUGGAUCACUUUCUGACCGCCGCGGAGCGGACUUGCGUGCUCCAUGUGGUGCACCACGACUGA